AUGGCUCUUCAAUCCGCAAAGCGCGAACUACGCAAAACUAGAACCGCCACGACCAAAUUCCUCUCGCUGGCCGAGUACCAGAACGCGAACAGUAUUGCUGUCUACUUGUCCAUGCCUACUGGAGAGCUGUCUACUACGGGAAUUGUACGAGAUGCUCUACAGAGUGGCAAACAAGUCUAUAUCCCAUACAUUCACACCCAAGACAAGACCUCCGUCAUGGACAUGUUCGCGCUCGGAUCCAUGGCCGAGUUUGAGUCAUUACAACCGGACAAAUGGGGGAUCCCAUCGCUUCAGGCUACGCAAAUUGAAGGUCGCCAGAAUGGUUUGACGCAAGGAUUGGAUUUGAUUGUAAUGCCGGGCAUGGCCUUUGACCAUGGGUUUCGGCGACUUGGUCAUGGUAAAGGAUAUUAUGAUCAUUUUCUAACGCGAUACUCAAAUUUGGCCAGAAAAAUGCCAUUCCUUGUUGCCCUUUCUCUGCAAGAUCAAUUGCUCUCUGAAGAUAUUCCCGUGGUGGAGCAUGACUGGCUGAUAGAUGCGAUCGUGGUUGGUGAUGGUGGAUAUCUGGAUCGCAGGGUGUAG